UAAGGUGGCUCUGCGGUUGCCGGCUCACAGGCCGACAUGUGGAGGCUGGUGUUGGUGCUGCUGUGGACAUGGACCAGCUCGGCGCUGCUCAGGGUCCCUCUGAAGCGGGUGCAUUCGAUUCGUUCCCAGCUGCGCGUCCACGGCCUGCUGGAGGAGUUCCUGAAGGAGCACCGCCCUGACGCGUUCAACCGCCGCUACGCCCAGUGCUUCCCGCUCGGCACGCCAUCGCUGCGGCUCGGACGCUCCAGCGAGAAGAUCUACAACUUCAUGGAUGCUCAGUAUUACGGUGAAAUCACUCUGGGGACUCCAGGGCAGAACUUCUCUGUGGUUUUCGACACCGGCUCGUCUGACCUCUGGGUGCCGUCGACCUACUGUGUCAGCCAAGCCUGUGCGGUGCACAGGCGCUUCAAGGCGUUCGAUUCCUCUUCGUUCUAUCACGACGGUCGGACCUUUGGGAUUCACUACGGAUCAGGACACCUGCUGGGAGUCAUGGCCAGAGAGACGCUGAAGAUCGGGAGCCUGACCACCAUGAACCAGGAGUUCGGGGAGUCCGUCUACGAGCCCGGCUCCGCGUUCGUCCGGGCGAAGUUCGACGGCGUUCUGGGGCUGGGUUACCCGGUGCUGGCCGAGAUCCUUGGGAACCCCGUGUUCGACAACAUGUUGGCUCAGAAGGCGUUGGAUGAGCCCAUCUUCUCCUUCUUCCUCAGCAGGAGAACAAGCAGCAGCGGCCCAGAGAGCGAACUGUUGCUAGGCGGAAAAGACGAGUCGUUGUACAGCGGACCAAUCAACUGGCUUCCUGUGACUGCUAAGGGCUACUGGCAGAUCAAGAUGGAAAGUGUCUCGGUGCAGGGGGCCGUUUCCCUCUGCCCUCGGGGGUGCCAGGCCAUCGUCGAUACCGGAACCUCCCUCAUCGCUGGGCCGACCGUCGACAUCAUCAGCCUCCACCAGCUGAUUGGAGCCACACCCACAAACAUAGGAGAGUUCCUCAUCGACUGUGUCAGGAUGUCCAGUUUGCCUCACGUGACGUUCGUCCUCGGAGGAACAGAAUACACUCUGACGCCUGAGCAAUACGUUAAGAAGGAAACACUUGGCAACAAGGAGUUUUGUUUCAGUGGUUUCCAGGCAGUGGACAUGGUUUCCCCUCAAGGCCCCCUGUGGAUUCUGGGAGAUGUUUUCUUGACGGAGUUCUACAGCAUCUUCGACAGAGGACAGGACCGCGUUGGCUUUGCCUUUGCUAAACACCCAGCAUAACUCCAACUCUGGUUAAUAACUAUCAAUUUUAUCAUCAAUAAAUACUAUUUUAUUCUUGAAAAGGCCAAAUGGUAAUCAUUAAAUGGCUAGAAGCAUCG